AUGAAAGAGAGAAUUUUUGUUAUUGGCGGAAACUACUCAACGACCAUCGAAGAGUAUCUGGUAAGAGACCGGCGCUGGCGAAAACGGGCUCCCUUCGCGGUUGGACGAAAUAACCACGCCGUCGCUGCGGUAAAUGUUGCUACUUCCCCCGACGAGGAGGAGGAGGAGGGGGGCACAAAGAAGACGCUGAUCAGCAUUUUUGGUGCAUCAGGUCCCGUUUCGUCCUGUGCAGUGUUUGAUACAAUUCAAGACAGGUGA